ACUUCACUAAAAUUAUUUCAAAGAAAAUAAAGGAAACAAAAAUCCACAAAUUGCAAAAAACCCCCGAAACAUUUCCAAUUGUUCUAUUCAUGUCCCAGGAUUCAGCAGAAUCAUCUCCUUCCUCCAGCAGGGACUGGUUCUUCCCUUCACCUUCCUUUAUCCACUCCACUUCUAAUUCUCCACAAUCCCCAAAUUACCCCCGUAAGUUCUCCACUAUUCCAAGACACUCUCGCUCUUCUCCUACUGAUUCGAAGCCACCCAAAACUUCAACGUUCCGUAGCGUUUCUUCCUCUGGUUCCGCCGCCUAUGGAGACCAAAAGUAUGGUAGGGGUCGUCGGAGAAUUGAACUUAUUCGCAGGAGCGAGAAAACGGCAAAACAAGAAAAGGAGGGCCCCGUUUUGGAACAGAAACGGGACGUUUCCAAGGCUGUUUCCGGUGUGAAAACAGCUAUCGGCGAAAUGGGUAUUCGGGUUUUCGGUCAACGGGUCAAAAUCCGGUGGCAGAUGGCCUCCUACAUAGCUAUUUUAUUUACAGCUUUUGGUUCUUUAGUGCACAAGAAUUUCUCUUUACAUAAUCAAGUCAUUGACUUGCAGGACCAAAUUUCAACUAUGACUAUUAGAUUACAAGCUUGCAAUACGUCAGACACUUUUGAUACCAUUUCUAUAUUGCAAGAGAGUGAUCAUCUUUCCAGUAAAGGAUUAAAAAUUCUAGCUCUGACUGUCUCAAUUGCACUGCUAUCCAUGCCUCUCUUUGUUUUCAAGUAUAUUGACUAUAUCUCUAAGUUUAGAUCCUCAUACAAUUGUUCUGAAAAGGUUUCUCUUAAUAAGCAACUUGAAUAUCGGGUAGAUGUCCUUUUAUCAGUUCAUCCAUAUGCUAAGGCACUUGCUUUAUUGGUUGCAACUCUAAUGCUUAUUUGCCUUGGAGGAUUGGCACUCUUUGGUGUCACUGAUGAUAGCCUAGCCGAUUGCCUUUGGUUAUCUUGGACUUAUGUUGCUGAUUCAGGUAACCAUGCCAACUCUGAAGGAAUGGGUCCCAGAUUAGUUUCUGUUUCAAUAAGCUUUGGUGGGAUGCUUAUCUUUGCAAUGAUGCUUGGGCUUGUUUCUGAUGCAAUUUCUGAGAAGCUCGAUUCGUUGAGAAAAGGAAGAAGUGAGGUUGUUGAGCAAAACCACACUCUAAUUCUUGGGUGGAGUGAUAAAUUGGGUUCAUUGCUCAAUCAACUUGCCAUAGCUAAUGAGAGUUUGGGCGGAGGGAUUGUUGUGGUGAUGGCUGAACGGGACAAGGAGGAGAUGGAGCUAGAUAUUGCUAAAAUGGAGUUUGAUUUCAGAGGGACAUCUGUGAUAUGCAGAAGUGGAAGCCCUCUAAUUCUGGCUGACCUUAAAAAAGUUUCUGUGUCCAAGGCCCGUGCAAUUGUUGUCCUUGCUGAUGACGGAAAUGCUGACCAGAGUGAUGCUCGUGCUUUGAGAACAGUUUUAAGUUUGACUGGAGUAAAAGAAGGUCUAAGAGGACAUAUUGUAGUGGAACUAAGUGAUCUUGACAAUGAGGUUCUGGUGAAACUUGUUGGUGGAGAACUUGUUGAAACAGUUGUAGCUCAUGAUGUUAUUGGGCGCUUGAUGAUUCAAUGUGCAAGGCAACCUGGACUUGCACAGAUAUGGGAGGAUAUCCUUGGGUUUGAAAAUUGUGAGUUCUACAUAAAAAGAUGGCCGCAAUUGGAUGGCAUGCAAUUUGAGGAUGUAUUGAUUAGUUUUCCUGAUGCUAUUCCUUGUGGAGUCAAAGUUGCUUCACGAGGGGGUAAAAUUAUCCUGAAUCCUGAAGACUCGUAUGUUCUACAAGAAGGAGACGAAGUUCUUGUUAUAGCAGAAGAUGAUGACACCUAUGCUCCAGGCGCAUUACCUAUGGUCAAUGGAGCAUCAUUCAUGCACAUUGCUCGACCAGCAAGAAAGCCCCAGAAGAUUCUACUUUGUGGAUGGAGGAGAGACGUUGAUGAUAUGAUUGUGGUUUUGGAUGCCUUCCUAGCUCCUGGAUCAGAGCUCUGGAUGUUCAAUGAGGUAGUUGAAAGUGAGAGGGAAAGGAAGCUCAUUGAUGGUGGUCUGGACCUCAGUAGAUUGGUUAAUAUAACACUGGUUCAUCGUGAAGGUAAUGCAGUGAUACGGCGUCACCUAGAAAGUCUUCCAUUGGAAUCGUUUGAUUCAAUCCUAAUUCUGGCUGAUGAAUCUGUGGAAGACUCGGCCAUUCAAGCUGAUUCCAGAUCUCUUGCCACAUUGCUAUUGAUUCGCGAUAUUCAGGCUAAGCGUCUUCCUUAUAGAGAAGCUAUGGUAACCCGAGGUCAAAGAGGAAGUUUCUCCCGAGGUUCUUGGAUUGGGGAGAUGCAGCAAGCUUCCGAUAGAUCAGUAAUAAUUAGUGAAAUACUUGAUCCGAGGACUAAAAAUUUAUUGUCCAUGUCAAAGAUUAGUGAUUAUGUUUUAUCAAAUGAGCUGGUCAGUAUGGCCUUGGCCAUGGUUGCAGAGGAUCGACAAAUAAAUGAUGUACUAGAAGAGCUUUUUGCAGAGGAGGGAAAUGAGCUGCAUAUUAGAUUAGCAGAGCUUUACCUUCAUGAAGGUGAAGAACUGAGUUUCUACGAAAUAAUCUUACGAGCUCGACUAAAGAGAGAGAUUAUUAUCGGUUACCGUUUAGCAAAUGCUGAGAGAGCCGUUAUCAAUCCGCCAAACAAAAACGAGAGAAGAAGAUGGUCAGUGAAGGAUGUGUUUGUGGUUAUCAGUGAGAAGGAAUGAGAUUACUUGUGCUAUACGUCAUGAUACUUCAAGAGUUCAUCCAUGGCAAAGUAAGAUUCAGUUUGAAGUUGUGGAAGAAUCGAAGCGCUUACACCUCCAGAGCUCACAUAUUACACGCAGAACAGAUCGAAAAUCGAUCUUCCUUACCUCAGAAAUCAAUGGGAAAAGCACUGAUCUUCCAGUUUUUGAUUCAUCGAGAUUCUAAACUGUAUAUCAUCCCUUCUUGAUGUAUGUAUGUUGCGACUGCAAUAGAUUCAAUAAUCUCGAAAAUACAAAAUGAUGUUUUUGUAUUUAAACAUGAUUAAUAUGAUACAUUUAAUAUAAGUUCUAACACAAAAAAGUACAAUGUAUGGCUUGCUUA